AUCUUAGUUAAAUGUUGAUCUUUGGAUCUUUCUAUUAAUCAAACAAUCCUAAAAAAAAUACUCAACUGUUUUAAAUAUUGAUAAAUAUUGACAAACUUUUCUUGAACAGCAAAUCAGCAUAUUUAAAUGAUUUCUGAAGGAUCAUGUGACACUGAAGCCUGGAGUAAUGAUCCUGAAUGAAUUUAGCUUUGAGCACAGGAAUAAAUUACAUAUUAAAAUAUAUUCAAAUAGAAAGCAGUUAUUUUAAAUACAAAAAUAUUUCACAGAAAGACUGCUUUUGCUGUAUUUUGGAUCAAAUAAAUGAUGAGCAGAAGAGACUUCUUUUAAAAAAACAGGUAUAUGCACUACCGUUCAAAAGUUUGGGGUCAGUAAGACUUGUAAUAGUCUUUAAAGAAGUCUCUUAUGCUCAUCAAGGCUGCAUUUAUUUGAUUAAAAAUAUAGAAAAAAAACAGUAAUAUUGCAAAAUGUUUUUACAAUAUAAAAUAAUGUUUUUUAUUUUAACAUACUUUAAAAUAGAAUUUAUUCCUGUGAUGAAAAGCUGAAUUUUUAUCAGCUGUUACUCCAGUCUUAAGUGUCACAUGAUCCUUCAGAAAUCAUUCUAAUAUGCAGAUUUAUUAUUAGAAUGAUCAAUGUUGGAUAAUAUCAGCAGUUGUGCUGCCAAAUAUUUUUUGGAACCUGUGAUUUUUUUUUUUCAGGAUUCUUUCAUGAAUAACAAGUUUAAAAAGUACAGUGUUUAUUCAAAAUAUAAAUAUUUUAUAACAAUGUAAAUUAUUUAUUAUUAACUUUUAAUAAACUUUUAAUUAUUAACUUAAUACAUCCUUGGUGAAUAAAAGUAUUAAUUUCUUUAAAAAAAAAGGAAAAAAAAGAAAAAAGAAACAAUAAAAAUGUACUGACCCCAAACUUUUGAAGGGUAGUGUAUUUCAUAUAAUAGUUUUGACCUAAAAUGUACUUUACCACAUAACGCACAGCUUUUUAAGUGUAUAGUUGAAUUAACAAUGUUAACUACGUAUUUCUCAUGAAGGUACAAAAAUUGCAUAGUUUAUAUCACUGAGGCUAGUCAUCGUUUUGUCUAGUGGAAAUAGCUGAUGUUCUUUGGUUACAUCAACAUGAAGAUGAAGAACUGUUUAUGUGAGAUAAUUGCAGUCCCUCAUUUUCCUGCAUAACUACAUAAAUAUUUCCUGUCUUAUCUCACACAGACAUGCACCAAAAAAAUCUGGACAGGACGGGUUUCAACGAAUAUCGACGUUUUAACGUUACAGUCGUUAGCAAAACAUAAGCUAUCAAAACUUUACUCCGCGGAACAUAGUUUCGAGUUAUUGAACAGAGAUGAAAAGUGAAUAUCUUCGGAGCAGAUGACAGGGUUCCUUCACUUCCUGAUGGCGAACAGGGAUCAUAUUUGUUUCAGGUUUUUACGGGAAGAGGAUGCAGAUGUUCUGAGGAUCCGCAGCGGUUCCUUGAGCCCAGAGCCGGAGAACAAAGAGAAAUGGCUCAAGAUGUCUUAUGAGACCGAAAAAACGUGCUUGCUGGCUUCACAGGAUUCACGAACGCCAUGUGGUUGCAACAAAUAUGAAAUCCCAGGAAUGGGAGACGACAGUGUUUUAGAAAUGCUGAGCUACUCUAAAUUCUCCGAUCUGGAGACGUGGCUGUGUAUGCCCUCUACUUUGUUACCCAGAAGCCGGGACUCAGUUUGCUCCUUGCCACCACCGUCCCAUGAGAAUGGCACUGGAGACACAGAUAAAGAAUCCAGGCCCCUGGAGAACGAAUCUAUCCAUCUGAGCCAGUGCCAGGAGAGGAAAACCCAUCUAUUGCCACCCUCCCCACUCCUGCCAGUUUCAGCCUCCCCUCAGUCCUCAUCGCCCCUGCGGACCACCUCGACUCCUCUGCCCAAGCCCACCAGAGACUCCUGUCAAGGUGGCGUGAGUGUGAGGAAACGGCGGCGCCUGGCAGCCAGCCCCGGAGGACUGCACUGGGACGCAUCAGGGUCAGUGCUGCGUGACCAUGACCGAGGGGAGACGUCGUCACUGUCGGAAGUGAAGCGCUUCCCUCGGAGUGUGGAUUCACAUAGUCGUGUCCCAGAGCCUUGGAGGGAUAGAGUGCCUCUUAGGAAGACCAUAUCCAUCGAUGACCGCCUUCUCCAGCAGACACCUAGAGAACAUCACAGACUCUUCAGCCGAAUAGAGAGGGGCAAGAAGAAACUCAGGAACAUUAAUAGUCUUGGAGUCACUGGCAGAUACGAAACGCAUAAAAAAUCCGAGAGCAGGAUCUCCCGACUGGCUCAGAGACUCAACCAGAGGCAAAGCGAUGCUGCGCUGAUUAAGGAUUUCCGACCUCUUUUCCUCCUCUCCGGCUCUCCGGGAAGCUCUCAGAGCUUGGACAGGAACUUCUCCAUUAGUAUGACCCAACAGAUGCAGAACCUGCAGCUGACGCAGAGUAAGAAGGGGGCGGGUCCCGCCUCCCCCAACGCUGCCAAACGCCUCUACCGAAACCUCUCUGAGAAGCUCAAGGGAAGCCACUCCUCCUUUGAGGAUGCCUACUUUUUUGGCCGAUCCGACCGUAUCCGCAAAGUAUCUAACAUUCAGAGCAGUGAGGCUCUGUUCGAGGCUGUUGAACAGCAGGAUCUGGAUGCCGUGCAGAUCCUGCUGUUUCAGUACACAGCUGAUGAACUGGACCUCAACACCCCCAACAGUGAAGGCCUGACGCCUCUGGACAUCUCCAUCAUGACCAACAACGUCCCCAUAGCCAAACUGCUGCUCAAAGCUGGGGGGAAGGAGAGCCCUCACUUUGUCAGCUUGGAGAGCAGAGAUGCCCAUCUCUCAGCGCUGGUGCAGGAAGCCCAAAGGAGAGCCAGCGAGCUGUCCACCCAGGUGAUGAGAGAGAGUCUCAGCCUGGAAACAUCUGACAAGGAAAAACAGCUCAAAGCUUGGGAGUGGAGAUGCAAACUCUACAAGCGCAUGCGCACUGGAUUCGAACAUGCACGACCACCGGAGGCUCCGUUGACAGUGCGUCUAAGUGUGACUGGCAGCACAUCUCUCACCGUCAGCUUUCAGGAACCUGCCAGCAUGAACUCGGCUGUAGUGACCAAAUACAAAGUGGAAUGGAGCUGUCUGAAGGACUUCUCUUUAUUAGCCGGAGAGCUGACCCUUGAGAAUCUGCAGUCUCUGAAAUGCACAAUAACAGGUCUUACCACGGGUAGACAAUACUAUGUUCAAGUCUCUGCUUACAAUAUGAAAGGCUGGGGUCCAGCACAACUCUCUCAACCUCCCUCUGCUGUUCCCUCCAACUGGAAGGACUGCGAUGGGAGAGAGAGCAGGAGGAGAGGUCACAUUGAGGCUAUGGAGAGGCUGUUACAGCAGGUUCGAGCCACACACCAGCACUACUGCUGUGGAGACACUUCAAAGUUGCAGAAUCCAAGUCGUAAACAGUCAGUGUCCCGGAGCCUAAAACACCUUUUUCACUCCUCUACUAAAUUUGUCAAGAGUCUCAAAAGGGGAGUUUAUAUAGCGUCAGUAUUUUACCAUAAGGACAGUCUGCUAGUGACUAAUGAGGAUCAGAUCCCCAUAGUGGAGGUGGACGACUCAUACAGCAGCUCCCUCAUGCAGGACUUUCUGUGGUUCACCAAGCUGUCCUGUAUGUGGGAAGACGUCCGGUGGCUGAGACAGAGCCUGGCAGUCUCCACCUCUUCCUCUUCCACUCUGCAGUCCAGACAGAAGAUGCUGGCGGCCGCGGGCCAACUGCAGAAUCUUCUGGGCACUCACAAUUUGGGCCGAGUCCACUAUGAGCCAAUUAAAGAUCGUCAUGGGAAUGUACUGCUUGUGACAGUGAGGGAGAUGGAUAGCCUUUAUUCCUUUUUCAACGGGAAGUGGAUGCAGGUGUCCAAACUGCAGAGUCAGAGGAAGUCUCUGUCCACUCCUGAGGAACCAUAUGCCCUGGACAUCCUCCUCAUAACCAUACAGGACAUUCUGGCUUAUCAAAGACGAAGUCAGCACCGGUUGUCCUCUGGGCUUUAUCUGGGUUACCUGAAGCUCAGCAGCUCUGUGGAUCAGAUCAAAGUUCUGGUUCCUCAACGUACGCCCAACAUGCUUUGCCACACUAAGAUACGAGACAACUAUAAUGUGUCAAGGGAUGAGUGGGAAUGGCUGCAGUUGCUGUCUGGCCCUGUGGAGGUGGAAAGAGCAGAUCAGGCUACAGACUGCCUCCUCUUCUCUGAGCUCCAGACGGCCAUUAAGAGUCUGCUGCACCAGAUUAAUCUACCUCUCCACCAGGCCAAGCACUUCCGUCUCUACACACACGAGGUGCUGGAGCUGGGUCACAAUGUGUCCUUUCUUCUGCUGCUGCCCGCCUCAGACGACGUUUGCUCUGCCCCGGGACAGACCAACCCCUACACACCACACUCGGGGUUCCUCAACCUCCCUCUUCAAAUGUUUGAGCUCGUUCACUUCUGCUCAUAUAAGGAGAAAUUUAUCAGUCUUUACUGCCGGCUGUCCUCAGUCCUGGACCUGGACGCUCUAAUUACCCAGCAGGCUUUUAGAGAGGCCAUCACUGACUCAGAGGUGUCCACAGCCAAACAGAGACACCAGCACAUAUUGGACUACAUUCAGCAAUUGGACGAGAUGUGGCGAGACGUCCGCUGGAUCACCAAUGCCCUGCAGUACGCCCGCUAUAAACAGCCUCUCGGUUGGGUGCCUAUCACCUGGCUAGUAGAUGUCAGCGUGGAGCCUCCUGUCCAGAAGAAUGACUCCACGUCCUCUAACACAGACUACGUGCCCACUCCCUCACCCUCUCCAGAAAUGAGAAGGCGAAAGCCCACAAUUGAGUCCCAACCAGGUUCAGAUGAAGAGGGCUGUUCGGAGGUUUUUCUCCCCACAGACAGUGACUACGACUCAAGUGAUGCUCUGAGUCCUCGUGACCUGGACUUAGUUUACUCCUCAGCCCAAGAUCUCUCCCAUCAGGCCGUGCACGUCCUCAGCGGCAGCGCCCCUGAUGUUCUUCAGAUGCAUGAUCUCAAAUAUAGCGCUUGCCCCAAGUCCAUCCUAGAAACCGAAUCGUGCACCAAGGACAUGGAAGACCUAUCACUAUCCUCUUAUUCCGUAAAGACCACAGACAAGCCUGGACGGAAGUUCUUAGCCGAUCCACCAACAAAACGAAAGCUGCUGUCCAAAAGCCACCCCCAGAGGAGUUAUUUCGGCGGGCCGCACCGCUGGCUGCGUGUACAGAGCGAGAGUCACACUCCCUCGCUAUCCGAAGGCAUCUACACCAGACAGAGCGAUAUCGACCUGCCGCUGGAUACGCCACUCUCCCUACCGCAUUCUCCCACUACCUCCUACAGUUUGGAUGAGUACAAAGCGCCCUACAGGGAGUCUAAACCCAACGUUCGCAGAAUCUUUGUGGAGUCGUGCAGCAAGACAUCACCCUGCAGAGAUGCCCCACAUUGGGAGGAGGAGGAGGCGAGAUCGAGAGGAGCUACAGCCAGAGAGGCCGGAACGGGAUACGGCACCACAGCAGAAGCUCAGGAUGUGGAUUCGGAUGAGCUAACAAAUGAACAAGUGUCGGAAAUCCUCAGCAGCACUCUUUAGGAUGAUAUACGCGUUCCAUCAUGUAGACUAAGCUCCAAAACUUCUCUUUCCCCUCCAACCACACACUUUACAACAACUCACGGUUGUAACGAGUGAACUCUUAGCCUAAUCAAUUCUUGCAUCCUCUCUGCAGAGGAUGAAGUUGCUGGUCAACUCUGCGGGACUCAUAACUCAUGGCUCUGACUGUUACAAUGUUGAUUAUCAAUGCAACGUGAAACAAAGCACUGCUUUUCCUCAGAACUUGAAAUUGCCUCAGCCAAUAGAGCCCAACAGUGAGCGCCCACUUUUUCAGCUGCCUUUGUUCUGAAUGUAUCUUUCCCAUUUAUUAUCACCAUAGGGGUUUUAAAAAACGUCUACAGACUAAAAGACUUUGAAGUCGUGAACAAAACCAGCUUUAAAUGUUACAGCUUUUUGUGCAAAAGCUACAAUAGUAUUUAAACUCACUUAUGAUUGAAGUCCUCAGUUACCUUGGUUACAAUAUAAACAUUCUAAUCUAUUGAUUAGAAGUAAAUAUAUGUAUUGGGGCUGGGUAAAAAAUGAUCAGUUUCUCAGUUUGAAUAAAUUUUCAUUUUUAUGAAACGAUAUAAAUUCUUAAAGGUCCACUGAAGUGCUUUGAAACACUUCAGCGCGUUAUUCUAUGCGUUGACAAUUUCAACUGAAACAGGAAAACAGGGCGGUCCAGCAGUCCCGCACCCUUUUUUAAAUAGCCAAUAGCGUUUUGUUCAUAUGACAGCUUGGUAAAGUCGCAUUUGACAGUGUAUGACAGCCACAAUUUCAUCUAUAUUGCAUUAUCUAUAUAUAAAAUAGCAUUUUGUGUAGAAUUGAAAUGUGUUCGGUCAGUUCUGUG